CUUCUUCUUCUACUGCUUCUUCUUCUUCUACUGCUUCUUCUUCUACUGCUUCUUCUACUACUGCUGCUCCUUCUACAGCUGCUUCUCCUUCUACAGCUGCUUCUCCUUCUCCUACUGCUUCUUCUUCUUCUUCUACUGCUUCUUCUUCUUCUUCUUCUACUGCUUCUUCUUCUACUGCUUCUUCUUCUACUGCUUCUUUGCCUUCCUCUUCUACUGCUUCUUCAUCUUCUACUCUUCUUCUACUGCUUCUUCUUCUUCUACUACUGCUGCUCCUUCUUCUUCUACAGCUGCUUCUCCUUCUCCUACUGCUUCUUCUUCUUCUACUGCUUCUUCUUCUUCUUCUACUGCUUCUUCUUCUUCUUCUUCUACUUCUUCUUCUUCUACUGCUGCUGCUUCUUCUUCUGCUGCUGCUUCUUCUUCUCUGCUUCUCCUUCUCCUACUCUUCUUCUUCUACUGCUUCUUCUUCUUCUACUGCUUCUUCUUCUCCUGCUUCUUCUACUACUGCUGCUCCUUCUACAGCUGCUUCUCCUUCUACAGCUGCUUCUCCUUCUCCUACUGCUUCUUCUUCUUCUUCUACUGCUUCUUCUUCUUCUUCUACUGCUUCUUCUUCUUCUGCUUCUUCUUCUACUGCUUCUUUGCCUUCCUCUUCUACUGCUUCUUCUUCUUCUACUCUUCUUCUUCUACUGCUUCUUCUUCUUCUACUGCUUCUUCUUCUACUGCUUCUUCUACUACUUGCUUCUUCUACAGCUGCUUCUCCUUCUACAGCUGCUUCUCCUUCUCCUACUGCUUCUUCUUCUUCUUCUACUACUUCUUCUUCUUCUUCUUCUACUGCUUCUUCUUCUACUGCUUCUUCUUCUACUGCUUCUUUGCCUUCCUCUUCUACUGCUUCUUCAUCUUCUACUGCUUCUUCUUAUUCUACUGCUUCUUCUUCUACUGCUUCUUCUUCUUCUACUGCUUCUUCUUCUUCUGCUGCUUCUUCUUCUUCUGCUCUUCUUCUUCCUUCUUCUUCUACUGCAACUUCUUCUUCUACUGCUUCUUCUUCUACUGCUUCUUCUUCUUCUACUACUGCUGCUCCUUCUUCUUCUACAGCUGCUUCUCCUUCUCCUACUGCUUCUUCUUCUUCUACUGCUUCUUAUUCUUCUUCUACUGCUUCUUCUUCUUCUUCUACUGCUUCUUCUUCUUCUACUGCUUCUUCUUCUUCUUCUUCUACUGCUUCUUCUUCUACUGCUUCUUCUUCUUCUACUGCUGCUCAUUCUUCUUCUACAGCUGCUUCUCCUUCUCCUACUGCUACUUCUUCUUCUACUGCUUCUUUGCCUUCUUCUUCUACUGCUUCUUCUUCUACUGCUUCUUCUUCUUCUACU